UUCAGGUGUCCAUAGUGAGCGCCAGCUCCGGGGCGAAAGGAGAUUAUACAGCCGCUAUAAAGAGUGACGCGAAGUUACAGCCGGAGUGCAAAUCAGAAAACAUCAACAACAACAGCUGGAUACAAGAAAUUACACUUGGACAAAAUAUUAGGAUUAUUUAGCACGCGGGUGUUGACGCCUCCUUCACUUGUUGACAUGAAAGCUUUUCGUGUAAAUACUGAAGUGAAGGACUGAUUUCUGGUGAAUCUUACCGGUGAACUGCAAGAUUUUAUUUGUCGUGUUUCAAAUGACAUGCAAUAUACUGAUUCCUGGCACUGUACUAGGGUUUUAACUCUUCGAGACGCAAAUGCCAGGGAUCAGUUCAAACGCAUCGCGCAAUAAGAAGUGGGAGAUGGAGGAAUACGACCAAUAUCAGCACUAUUUCUACGACGACCACAACUCGGACGAGGACUUUUUCAAAUCCACCGCACCGAGCGAGGACAUUUGGAAAAAAUUCGAGCUGGUGCCAACCCCGCCCAUGUCUCCUGUUUGGAUACUGGAGGGUACCGGCCCAUCUCCUGGGGACAGACUGGAGUGGGUCUCCCAAUUCCUGGGACAGGACGACGAGCAGGAUGGACAGUGCAAACUGAAUGCGGAGGAGACUUUGGAGAACUUGAGCUCCAUCAUUAUUCAGGACUGUAUGUGGAGCAGUUUCUCCGCCAGCCGGCAGCUGGAGAAAGUUGUGAACGAGCGCCUGUCGUGCACGGCGCAGUCGAAACUCGCCGGUAAGGCGCAGUGCGUCCCCGUGGACGCGCCGGGUGUCAACAGCCUGGCGACAGAUUGCGUGGAUCCAGCAGCUGUCCUUACCUUCCCUACGAGCGGCAGCUGCAAGAAACAGGUGUCGUCCGGGUCAGAAUCGAGAACAGACUCAUCUGAUGAUGAAGAGAUCGAUGUAGUGACAGUUGAACACAAGCAAAAGAAGUCACGCUUGGUAAACGGACGUAAACCAGUCACCAUCACAGUCCGCGCAGACCCCUAUGACCCCUGCAUGAAGCGUUUUCACAUCUCCAUUCACCAGCAACAACACAACUACGCCGCACGCUCGCCAGACAGUUACCCUGAAGAAGAAGAGGAGGAGCCGCCUCCUGGCAAAAAGCUCAGGCAAGAGAUCCUGCAGACACGGCUGGGUUCCACACCCCAAACCCUCGAAAGCAGAAACCAACUACCCUCCCCGACAGUUCCCGCCCCAUGUCAGACUGUCUCACCGACCCAUUCGUCCUAUCACCCCAAGUCUCAGCCAUCCAGCCCUCAGAGUUCAGACUGUGAAGACACGGAUAAGCGCAAGACACACAAUUUUUUGGAGAGAAAGCGCCGUAAUGACUUGCGUUCUCGGUUCCUGGCCCUUCGGGAUGAGAUCCCGGGCCUGGUUGACUGUCCGAAAACGCCCAAGGUAGUGAUCUUGACCAGGGCGACAGAUUACCUGCGUACGCUGCAUGCCAAUGACAAACAGAAGACCCAAGAGAAGAAGCGGUUGAAAAGCAGGCAACAGCAGUUACUACGGAGGCUCGCUGAACUAAAACGUGCAUAAAAUAGCACAGUCGAACCCUAACAGCCAGUCCAGCCAUAUUUUCAAUAGGAACUUUGUAGAGCUGCGUGUUUGGUCCAAACAUGGGGAUAUUUAAUGGAAAGGACUUCAGUUUGAGUUUAGUUCUUGUGUUUUUGUUCUUUGCACAUUUGCCUUUGUAGCCGGGUGGAGAUAUACUUUACAAAUCACAUAUGUAUGGAAGCUGUGGUACUGGUGUUCUCAAGUGGACCCCGCUAAGCUUCAAACAUGUUCCCAAAGAACAGUUUUGGUUUUGUUUUUGAGACUUAAAGGUGAAUAAUUGAAUGUGUUUUCAGAAAUUCUUUCACGAAAGCUACAGAUAAAUAAAGUAUUUAGGUGGGUAUAUAUAUAUUUCCUUCGAGUUAGCAUGCUAAAUUAAGCAUUAUUUGAAAGGUAGCAAUUUAAAUGCAUGUUUAAUUGAUCUCGUAAACUGUUAAGGUAUUUGCGGAAGAAUGUUAAAUUUAUCUGGUUAAUUAUAUUUAAGGGUAAUACUUAAUUUAACUCUAAAGGAGAGCUGUGUGCCCCCAUUUCCACUUGAUGACUUUGCAAGAUUAACAGGCAGGAAGUUGCAUCACUGUUACUUUGUUACAUUAUGUGUUCCAUGCUUUUUGUUUCCUUCAGUGAACGUUAUUUUUCUUAUGAACAUUCAGGAUGGUGUCCAGCACAGGUUUGCGGUGUAUAUAAACUGUGGCAUAUUCUCUGGACAUGUGUAUAUAAUAGUGUAAAAACAAGCUUUUUGUUUGAAUACAAAAAAUCAGCACUGUUAAUAGACUUUAUUUUCUAUUUUUCUGUCAUUUGUCCUAAAACUUGGUUGGCCCAUGCCUUCCCUAAGAGUAUCUUAAAGUUUCUAUUUUUGUUAAGAAAAGUUUUAAAAAUUCAAAGUUUAAAUAAAACAACACUAUCGACAUUUCAUUUUCAACACUAGCCACUUUGUUAUGCUGUUUUGAGUGCCUAUUUCCCUAUGUUCUGACUUUACUUUGGCUUAAUAUCUCUUUUGUGGGAAAACAUAUUGCUAAGAGUUUUGUACUAAUUAUAUUUUCUUACAGAAUUCAUUGUAUCAUUGUUGGAUUUCUAUUUCAAUGUUAAGUUAAGUACUAGUGGCAUAUGUCACCUAAGAAAUUGUAUGAAAGGUUGAAAUGCAGUCAGAAAUUGACAGCGCUUGACACAAGUGUGCAUAUGUCACCAGUAGCCUACUGUUGUUAAAUUUUUUUUUUUUGGUCCAUUGUCGUCAGGUGUCAUACUGGGAGAUGAAUGGCAGCAGCAUUGUUUAAGCACUUUGUGUUCUGUACCUCAUAUGCCUAUAACAAGUCGAAAUUGGAUAAAUAAAUUCAGUUCAAAUCA